UUGAAUUUCCCAUCUGAAAGGGGAGCGGUAGCGCGUCAGGGCCUGGCUGAGGGGCGUGAUUGGAGAGCGCCUUCGGCAGCCGCCCGUGGGAGCAGCAGCGGCCCCAGCUCGCUGGCGGAGUUACACGAGGCGGCCUUGGGAGCUGGACUAGCAGAAGGAACCGCCUCGUUGAGUCGGGCCGGAGCCUUGCAGUGGCUUAGACGGUUGCGGGGACCGCCAGGUUGAAACACCUCUCCCAGCCAGGCCAGCCAGGAGCACAGAGCGCAAAUUCAGCCGUGGGCUAGAGCAAGCUAAUCAGAACCAGCAGCAUGGACUUCGUCAUGAAGCAGGCCCUCGGAGGGGCCACCAAGGACAUGGGGAAAAUGUUGGGCGGAGAGGAAGAGAAGGACCCGGAUGCUCAGAAGAAGGAGGAAGAGCGGCAGGAGGCUCUGCGGCAGCAGGAAGAGGAACGCAAGGCCAAGCAUGCACGCAUGGAGGCCGAGCGUGAGAAGGUCCGGCAGCAGAUCCGAGACAAGUAUGGGCUGAAGAAGAAGGAGGAGAAGGAGGCAGAGGAGAAGGCAGCCCUUGAACAGCCCUGUGAGGGAAGCCUGACCCGGCCCAAGAAGGCCAUCCCUGCAGGCUGUGGGGAUGAGGAGGAGGAAGAAGAGGAGAGCAUCCUGGACACGGUGCUCAAAUACCUGCCUGGGCCACUGCAGGACAUGUUCAAGAAGUAACGGGCUCUCCUGCUCCAGCCUCACUCCACUUGUUACAUUUUUUUUUUGUUGUUGUUGUUGUUGUUUCUUUUCUUUUUAUUCAGUUAAAUCUCAGUUCUGAAGGGGAAAACCUCAGUUGGCCUCUGCCCCACUUCCCUGGCCAGGGGUCCCUCCCCUCAGCACUCUCUGACACCCCAUUUCAUCCCAGGGUAUCAAGUCCCACCCCACUCCCAAGUACAGUAGUUUGAAAAGGGAAGACAGCUUUUCUGUAGCAGGGGGCACUGAACCCAGGGCCAAAGGCACUGGAUGGCUCCCUCUAGAAGCGUACGGUCUAUGUUAGUGUGGUAACCCCCAUACAUUCCUUCAUGCUCCCCACUGCCAGGAGGACCACUGUCCCCAGCCAGCCAAAGUAAUGACACAUUCCAGCCCUGCCCAGCAUGCUGACCUUUGGCCUCUGAUCCUCCAGCGGAUCUCCAGGUCAGGGCAGGAGCACUGAGGGGCCUGGCUCUGAGGGAAUCAGGGUAAGCCUGUCUCAUGAGGACAUAGCCUGAGAGGUCCCAGGUCUAGACAGGCUAGGAUCUGUUCAGGAGGCUGGGGCUCUCCUUUUUCUCUCUCCCUGGUGACACCCAGCCCAGGAGCACACCCUUCCCAAACCUCACCCAGAGAGGCAUGGCCCCUGCCAGGUUGGUCCCUCCAAAUGGAUCCUCUUUGGACUUUAACACAUCUGUGGAGGAACCCAGGAUAGGGUAACCCUUUGUUCUCUUCCACUCCACUUAGGUCCUGGGACCCCACUGCCAGGCUGGGCCCAGCUUGCUCAGCCAAGGGGCUUCCCAGGCCCCAAAAAACACUUGGAGCCAUCGGGCAGUGAUAGUCUAUGCCGUGGGAUCCCCACUUUGGUGUGACCACACUGCCCCCAUCCCUAUCUAUCCCUCUUCCACACUCUGUCCUGUCCAUGUGCUUCCAGGGCCCCAUGGUCCCCAAGAGGACCCUUCCUGGCCAAAGCCCCAAGUUGCUGGGGAGAAGCCAGCCCCCAUUUGAUAGAAGGCAUCUGUCUAUUCAUCCCACCGGCCAAGAACAAACUCUCCUCUGGGAUGUAUGGGACUGGCAUUUGCCCCCCAGUCACCUCCAGAUUGCCAAGGCCACCUCCUCAGCCAGUUUUGUGAGAAUGGUGUUGGGGCAGAGGGGAGUACCAAAUGAAGGAGGAAAGUGAGUUUAUGUGUGGCACAGAGUGUAACAGAGAUGGUAUCAGCAAUUGUGUGUCCAGAGAUUUUAUGUAGGUAUGUGUGGUUGGAGUAUGGUGUACCUUGAGAUUGUGUGUGUGUGUGUGUGUGUGUGUGUGUGUGUUAGUUAUCAUUAUCUCCAUGUUAGUGACUGUAUAUGUUAGGCAGCCUUGUUAUGUGUGUUUGUUUGAGGUGGUAUAGUUGAGUUGUGAUUGUGUCCCAUUUGCCAGCCAUCUUAUAUGUGUUUAGAGAGUGCAUGUGUUAGCUUGAAUAUGCAUGUGUUUUCACAAUGGCAUGUGUGUCAGGAGAAAUGAGUAUAUGUUAGAUGUCACAGAAGUGUAUGUUUGAAAGAAUUGCCGGAUGUGUUAAUACUGUCAUGUUCUCGUGUGUGGGUCCGAAAAAGCAGCUGUAUGCAUGGAUGUGUGUUUAGAGAGAAAGAAAGUGGCUAAGAUGCUCCCUCCCAGCCUUCAGACCAUUGAUCACAGGUGGCCACAUCUGACAGGAGACCUUGUCCUUCGCCUAGAGUCCUCCCACCCUUAGGGGGGUUCCUGCCUGAGGUCCUCAGAAUUCCACUGGAACAGACCCAGGCAAUACUCCAGGAAGCCAUGCUAGGCCCCCACCAGGGCCUAUCCCAAAAGCAGGGGCCAGGGAGGGGGCGACUUGCCUGCCCCUGAAGCCUUUGCCCCAUUGGCCUGUUUGCAUUUUGCAGGUUUUCCAUUUUAGUGGAUUUAUGCUUUUAUUUCAGAGAGACACGUGUCUUCUCUGUCCGUUUCCAAUAGUUAAAGCCAUAUCAGUUAGACUGCAAUACUUUAAAGAUGAAACAAAACAAUCCAUAUGUUUAGGGAACCAAAAGAGUCCCCUGAUCUGUCCCUUCUCUGAGGAGCAGGGCCCUGGAAGCUCCAGCUCCCUGGGCUUAUCCUCCUCCCCCACCCCACACCUUCCCUUUGUGCCCGUCUCAGGCCCCCCAGGGGGCCAUGUCUGUGUCUGUGCCUAUGUCUGUGAUGGGGAGCCACCUUGCACCCCUGAUGUCUGUUUGUCUGUGUCUUUUUACCUGGGCAGGAUGGUCAUUCUCAAGAGUCCUGGGCCAGAGACAACAGGGCCCAGUUAAGAGGUCCCAGGCUUCCCUAGUCCCUUUGUGGGAGUCACAUUGGACACAGGAGUAGAUACUGGUGUUAAAACAGGUCUCUCCCUUGAGAGGGACCCUCAGACAUUAAAGGCAGGGCCAGGGUAUGGAGUGCCAAAUAGGUGGCAGAGACCAAGACUCAGAGAGCUGCAGAUAAGCAAGGUAACCUAGCCAUUCAAUAUAUCUCAACACCUUAGACAGUGUCCCUGUGGUCUUCACAGCCCCUGUGGACCCCAGAGUGGGCUUUGAGCUUUUCAGGUCCACCUUAGUCCCCUCUAAGCUGGACUGGCUUAGUCUGAGUGCACCUCCCAGACUCCUCCAUCCUACUCCCAGGCAGCAGGACUCGAGGUCUUUCUGGAGGUGGGGCAAUUGGACAAGAAUUUCUGCCUGGUGCAUCCCUGCUUCCUCCAAUGGAAAGUGAUCACUGUCAGAUCCAGGGGGAAGCAAUUAACACAGACCUGACUAUAAUGAGAAGCCUGAAGUGUAGGCCAUAGAGGAUGUCUGUGUGCAACACACUCGUAGGAGGAGAAAAUAUACAGAAGAUGCUCUAGCAGGGACGGGGUGUUCAUGCGGUGUACCUGGGAUGGACAUAUGUGUUGUUCACUGAAUGGGAGGAGGGAUGAGUGUGUCACGCAGAAAUGGGACGGUGUACUUGAUACACAAUGAGAGGGAGAGUGGCCCAAGAAUUCAGCACACUCAUAUGACACACAAGGGAGGAGUAAUUUUUGGUAGGUGACUAAAAACAGAAUGAUCACAUUCUGAAAAUGUGUAUGUGUGGUAUGUGGGUAUGUGUGUCCUUGGGCAGGGCCACCCAGGCUCCUCCUGUCCCUAGGAUUCUCCACCAGCGAGAAGAGCCUUCUCUGAGUUUCCUUGUGCUGGGCACUGGUAAUGGGCCAGGAUUUCCAAAUGUGGAUGUCUCUAUCUAGGCCCAAAAAUGCCCAGAAGGCAUGUCCUUAACAGCAAACCUUUGUAGUGUGCUUGUUCAAAUGGAAGCAGGAUGUCAAGAGGGCAUCCCAGGUGUAUAUGAGAGAGACUGAGAAAGUGAGAGUAUGGAAAAGAGAGCUAGAAGUAUUGCAGCCCAGGGCUCCUUCCAAGUGGGGCAGCUGGUGGGCAAAGCAGCCAUCCAAAAGGCUUGUGGCUAGAGUAAAAUAGGGGAUUUUCCAGGCCCAAGGGGAGGGUUACCAACCUCCACAGUCCAACUGUUCUGGCCUUCUAGAGUUCCACAGGGUUUUUGGCUGCACAGGGAGGCUGAAGUCAGACCUGCUCCAAUAAGGAGGACAUGCCUCCCACCCGAUGUCCCCUGCUCCAGUCUCCAUUCCUGCUGCCCCACCCUCUUCACUGGGGAGAAAACGGGAGGUGCUCGUGCUGGCCCUGGGACACAGCUAGGGGUCCUACUGAGACCCAGGAGAGAUGGACCAUCCUGCUCAUGCGGGGGAGCCCUCUUCCCGCAUCUGUGCUGUGUCUUUGUUGCUCUGCUUCUUUUAAAUGUGUCAGUGCCUGGGGGGAGGGGAGGGCCACCCUCUCAUGCCCCACUGAACCUGACCUAAAGCCAUGGCUGUUGCUCCCCACUUUGUAUGACGCAAAUGCUAAGAUGUACAAAACCAACCAUGAUAACAAAGAAAAAGACCUUGUACAGCA